AUGUUCACUACAGCAGUCAGAAGUGUACAGCAAGUCGAGGACGUCGAUGGCGUUCGUAUACAGGCCGAAUUCAGCCGGUUUAUGAAAGAAUUCGCCGCCGAAGAUGGGGUACCGAUCUAUCAAAAAGCUAUUGAGAGCUUAUCCGAGGCGGAAAGAAAUACACUUUUUGUCGAUAUGCACCACGUUCACUCUUACAGUGCUACAUUGUACGAGUCAGUUGAGCUACAGUUCUACAGGUUGUAUCCGUACUUGUGUGAAGCUCUACGAUUGGCUGCUAUUGACGCUUGUACAGAAGAUGUUGACCGGCAGUUGAUGCUACGCAAGGAAGUCUACGUAUCCUUCAAAGGGCUGGAGAAUCGCGUCAAUAUUCGGGAGCUGACUGCUGAAAAGAUUGGCGCAAUGGUAUGCAUUACUGGUCAAGUUGUUCGAACGCAUCCAGUUCAUCCAGAAUUAAGCCGUGCCACGUUCAUCUGUGAGGACUGUGGUGUUACAGUUAGAAACGUUGAACAACAGUUCAGAUAUACACAGCCUUCGCGUUGUGUGAAUCCGCAGUGUAUUAAUCGUACACGAUUCAGUCUUGAUGUGGAUGACUCGUCAUUUGUCGACUUCCAGAAGAUUAGAAUCCAGGAGACACAAGCUGAACUUCCUCGUGGUUCCGUGCCUCGUACGUUCGAUGUAAUAGUUCGUGGCGAGAUGGUGGAAACAGUUCAACCAGGUGAUCGGUGCAGUCUUACUGGUACUCUGAUAGUAAUACCAGAUAUCGCUCAGUUGAACACACCUGGUCUUCGAGCGGAAACUGGUGGUGGAAACCGAGGCCGGGCUUCUGAGAAAGAAGCUGGAUUAACUGGGCUGAAAGCAUUAGGAGUUCGUGAUCUCAACUACAAGCUGGCCUUCCUCUGUUGUCAUAUCGAAUCGAACAACACUAAAUUCGGAGGAAAGGAUUUCUCGCAUGAAAAUGUUGAUAGCUUAACGCUGUGGAAGAGCAUGUCUGAUCAUGAGCAUUCUGUAUUGAAGUCGAUGAGUGAGGACAAACGCAUUGCAGAAAACUUGGUCGACACCCUCUUUCCCAACGUUUAUGGAAAUGAUGAGGUGAAACUAGGUGUACUUCUAAUGCUGUUCGGAGGAGUUCCAAAGACGAGUAGGGAUGAAGGGACGACCCUUCGUGGUGAUAUUAACGUGUGCCUAGUUGGUGAUCCAUCGACAGCGAAAAGUCAGAUACUGAAAACAGUGGAAGAAUUUUGUCCUCGUGCCAUUUACACGUCCGGAAAAGCUUCUUCAGCUGCGGGAUUGACUGCUGCUGUAGUAAAGGAUGAAGAUUCCUUCGAAUUCGUAAUUGAAGCUGGUGCACUCAUGUUAGCCGAUAAUGGAGUUUGCUGCAUUGAUGAAUUCGAUAAAAUGGAUCCAAAGGAUCAAGUUGCUAUCCAUGAGGCCAUGGAACAGCAAACGAUCAGCAUUACAAAGGCUGGAGUCAAAGCGACUUUAAAUGCACGUGCUUCCAUCUUAGCCGCAGCGAAUCCAGUUGGAGGUAGAUAUGACCGGUCUCGCCCUCUCAAACAUAAUGUGCAGCUGUCGGCUCCCAUAAUGAGCAGAUUUGAUCUGUUCUUUGUGCUUGUUGACGAAUGUAACGAGGCAGGUUUUCUCUUUGAUAAGCAUUUGAAGCCAUUCACAUUGUACGUCGUUGACUAUGCUAUUGCGCGCAAAAUCAUCGAAAACCAUCGCGGUAUUUCUAACCGUAGUCUUCGCGAAACGAAGUAUUCCAUCGAAGACGUACAGAAGUACAUUACCUUCGCCAAAUGCUUCAAACCACAGAUCAGUAAAGAAGCAGCUGAUGCACUCGUUUCGGAAUAUAAACGUCUUCGCAUGAGUGAUAGCAGCAAUGCAGCCACAUCUUCAUGGCGAAUUACAGUGCGACAGCUGGAAUCCCUUAUCCGUCUAUCUGAAGCAUUGGCUCGUCUUCAUUGUGCCGCGCAGCUGUUUUUCUUCAGAGUUGAACAACCGGAUAUCGCUCUUGAUGACGAUUUUGAUUCCGAAGUGCUUCAUGUGAACGAAGAUAAGGAGAAUGAAAGCGAGUCUAUGGAGGUGGAUGAUGCUAAUAUAAAACGAUCAAAGGUAAGAAAACAUGUUCGUUUCGUGUACACAAUUACUUUUGAAAAAUAUAAGCAUCUGGCAGAUAUGCUGGUUUUGCAUAUGCGCUCGGAUGAGGAGACUAUGAGCGAGGAAGAUUAUGAGGGAGUUAGACAGGACUCUCUCAUUGAGUGGUACUUGGAAAUGAUUGAAGGUGAAUUGGAGACGGAGGAAGAUCUGCUAACUCAACGCACCAUCUGCUACCGAGUGAUUCGCCGACUGGUUACGGAAGACCACGUUUUGAUUGAGAUGGAUUCGGAUGAUAAAAAUCCUUUGUUAUGCGUACAUCCAAAUUAUGUUGUCACUGACCAAUAG